AUGUUUAGGGAUGCACCAGUUUCAGUCAUGGCUGAUCACCCAGUCCGACUAUCAGAUCUAUGCUUUUGGUUUGAAGGAGCUGCACGAAUGACACCCUCAACGAACAAUGGAUUCGAAAGUCUUAAUGGACGUAUUAAACAACAGUACACGAUGAGAAAUAAGUUACCUUUGGGUGUCUUAAUGUCAACUGCUGAACGGAUGCUACGAGACUGGUCAAUUUCUGUUCUGGAGCAUCCAUUUCAAACACAUAUCACUCUUGAUGAUAAAAUUGAUUCAAAAGCUUAUGAAUGGUUACAAAAAGUUGAUAAAUCACAAAUACUACAGUUGAAUGCAUUUACAUUUGUUGUACCGCCAACAAAUGCAAAAAUGAAUACAAAUACAUGGGUGAGCCUCCUUUAUUCUAUGGAUUGGCAAACAUAUGACCAAUUUAAAGAUUGGCUUAACUCGGCUCGAAUUUUAGAUUACUCACAAACGUUGCCACCCAUUUUUUUGUUCCUGUAAAUGUGGCCUAAAAGAAUAUUACUGUGUCCACACAACUGGUCUUAUGAUGAUGUGGGGUGUUCGAAAAAUCCCGCUGCUCAUUGGGAAAAGGAGAAAUAAAGGUAGAAUAAAGAAAGCAAAAUAUGCUUUGUCAAAAGACUGAUUUUCAUUAAAGUACUACUCAUGUGAGCAUUAAUACUGUAUUAUGAUUUUUUUUGUUAAUUUAUGUAAUUUUACUUCUUCUAUUAAAUUUGGCUGUCUGAAGUUAACUAACUUAUUAUACAAUGUUUUACUUGCAGAUCUGUUGUCUCUCUCAGGACUAAUAAAAAUAUUCCGGGCUCUAUUGCCUGUUCUCUACUUAAUUACUUUUUUACCGGGCUCUUUUGCCUGUUUUUAACUGUUAAAAAAUUCCGGGCUCCUUUGCCUUAUAUUUUUAGCCAAUUAAGCACACCGGGCUCCAUUGCCUGAUUUUUACCGGGCUCUUUUUCCAACGUGUCCAAACAAUUGACACCCUAUAAUGUUGAUUGAUAGCAUAAGAUAUUAACGGCACCAAAUUAAGAUAAAAUAUUGUCUUUUAAAAUUUGUCUAUCAUAAGAAUAAUUUUCUGGCUUGUGUCCGAACAAAAAAAAGAGAAGAAGGAGAAAGAAGAGAAAAAAAUGAAAAAAAAAA